AUGCCGAAUGCGGGAAAUAUUGCCCAGCGACUACUUGUGUUUGUGUACGGGACGCUGAAGCGUGGCGAGCCGAAUGCAUACAUUAUGACGAAUCCGGCCACCGGAAGCCAGAAAUUUAUUGGAUGCGGUAGAACUGUUAAUGCCUACCCAAUGGUCAUUGCUUCUCGCUACAACAUACCGUUUUGCUUGGAAAAACCAGGCAUUGGACGACAGGUAACUGGCGAAGUGUAUGAAGUGGAUGAGCAAAAGCUAAAGGCGCUUGAUGAGCUGGAAGAACAUCCGACCUUCUACAAGCGACAGCUGCAGCAGAUUGAAAUGGAUCACAAUGAAACUGUAACGGCGUGGAUUUACUUGUUGCCAAAAUGGAAGGCAAAUUCACUGGAAGAUUGCACCGACUACCUCGAAACUUACAACUCAAAUGGACCACACAAUCGCCCUUAUGUGGAAAGGUCGGUUCCAGUGAACAGCUAA